AUGGAAGAGCACGAGCAAAUCUAUGCAGAGAAUCGCGAUAAGCUGCUCGGUGCUAUUGGAGAAAGCAAAGACUUGUUGGGAGAAUUGAAGGAGUACAGCCGCGAACGUUGGUCCAUCCAAUACCCAACGGUUGUACCUACAUAUACUUCCGAACCAAAGAAGGAAGGUAAAGAAGUCACUGUUCGCCCUGUCCCUGCACGCUCAUUCUCAACGCCACUUGUUGAGGCUGCAGGGGAUAUGUCAGUCUUGCGUUUGGACCUAAAGGUUGGAUCAGCUGCAACAACACCGACUGGAAUCGUUCAUCAUCUCGAAAAGACUGCAGUUGCACAAUUGAUGGAUGGUAGAAUGACAUCCUCCUUGCGCCAGUUGGAAAGCUUGCGUCAACGUAUCAGUGAUACCCAAAGCAAGGUAUUAGUCACAGGUGACUUGAAUGCAGGAAAGAGUACUUUCGUCAAUGCCCUCUUGCGCCGCAAAGCGAUGCCAAUCGAUCAACAACCUUGCACAACCGUCUUUUGCGAAGUUUUGGAUGCAGAGAAGAGCAACAAUGGUGUUGAAGAGGUGCAUGUUGUCGACAAGGGUGUUGCGUACGAUAACAUUGACGCAAGCACGUACACCGUUCAUCCUCUUUCUGACGUUGAGAAGAUUAUGAUGCACGCAGAAGAAAUGGACCAACAAGAUGCCCCUAUCGUGAAGUGUUAUUGCAACGAUACACGCGCCACACAAGAAUCUUUGUUGCGCAAUGGAGUCGUUGACAUCUCAUUGAUCGACGCCCCUGGAUUGAAUCGUGAUUCAUUAAAGACGACAGCUUUGUUUGCGCGUCAGGAGGAGAUUGACGUGAUUGUAUUCUGUGUCUCAGCAGAGAAUCAUUUCACCUUGAGUGCAAAAGAGUUCUUGCUCAAUGCUAGCAACGAUAAAGCAUACGUUUUCAUCGUCGUCAACAAGUACGAUCAAAUUCAAAACAAGGAACGUUGCCGCGCUCGCGUGUUGGAGCAAAUUCGUCAGCUAAGUCCGCGUACCUACGAAGAUGCAGAGAAUUUGGUUCACUUUGUCAACAGUAGUUCGGUGAUGAAGCAAGAUGCCACAGAAGCCGAAGUGCCCACCUCUUUCGUUCAGUUGGAAGCCGCUUUGCGUGACUUUGUCUUGUUGAAACGUAACAAGUCCAAACUUUUGCCUGCUCAAACAUACUUGCUCAACUUGUUGUCUGACGUUGACUUUUUGGCACGGGCAAACAUUGCCGUUGCCGAACGUGAACUUGAAGAAGCACAAGCAGCAUUGGCAGAAGCAAGACCUGCAUUGCAAAAGAUUCGCGCUACUGCACGUAAAUUGGAAGCACAAAUGGAAGAUGAAGAAGAUCGUGUGGUUACCAGAGCAAGUGAUGGUGUUCGCUCAGCUUUACACAAUUCCGUUGAGAAGAUCAGCUUGGGUGCACCUGCAGUGGAAGAAGUUUCUAUGCCGGAAUACCCUGGUUUGAUGGCUGUUUGGGAAUAUGCUCACGCAGUCAGGCAAGCAUUGUUGCAAAGUAUGGACGUUGCUGUUCGUCAAGUGGAAGAUAUGACAAGAGAGAGUACUGAUAAGACCCUCUCUUUCUUCCGCGAAUUGGGAGAGAAGAAUCUCCCUGUAGACGAAAAUAACAAAAAGCAAGCCACGUUCGAUGCCGCAAGAAUGUUUAGCAAACGUCGUCAGCUCGGUACCGUUGCAGCCUUGGGAUUGAGUGCGGAAAUGACACAAGUUCGUCUUUCUGACAUCUUUGAUGCCAAGCAUCAUCUGCUUGUCAUCACAGGCACGACUGAUGAGGAUAAUGCAAAGAAAGAUCAUGAAGAAGAGAUGUCCAUGGUAAACAGCUUCUCGAUUGGAUUGGGUGCAUUGACGCUUCUUGGUGGUAAAGCUUUCGGCGCAAAGACUGCUAUGGAAGCAUUUGUGCGCAUUACCGAUAUUGCAGGUAAUCCCACCGUGAGACGAUGGGCAUUGCCUGUCUGCAUGAUUGCCAGUACGGGCAUGGUAGCAUGGACGAUUAUUGAUUUGCCUAAUUCGAUUCCACGCAACAUCGGAAGAGCUAUCGCACGUGAAUUGAAACAGCUUGAACCACCGGCAGCAUUGAUCAGAGAUGCGGAAAGAGAUCAAGAAGGCGGUAUCAUCACAGUGACAUCAAUCUUGUAUACCUUCGAAGAGAUUCAUGCAAGACGGAUCGGUCGUGAUGCGCGCAAGAUCUUACGUUUUGGCGGUUACGAUGUUAGCGAACGCUUCCGUAUGGCCAUCUCUAAACAGAAACAAUUCGUUCAAACACAAGAAGACAAAGAGAAGAAAGCGGGCGAAGCACAAACUUGGUUCAACACUGCACGUGGAAGAGCGAGCAACGUUUGUGUUGGUUUGGAUAAUUUGAAGGGAUGGGAACAUUAG